CUUCGUUUGCACAUUUGAUUGGGUUGUCUCUGCCGUGUCACUUAUUUUAUCGAUUUUCCCCUAUUCGUUGACAAUGAGUUCUCCAGAAGAAUUGUGUGAGAAAUGCGAGGAAAGAAUUCGGGACGUCAUGUGCGGUUGCGGCAUCCCGUUCUGUGAUCCAUGCUUCGACAAACGAUCCAUGCGCCACAAGGCCCAUCGCCGGGGUGGAUCAAGGAAGACCGAAAGGUUCUGGGCCAAAGUCUCCGGACUUCAUCUAAACUUAAGUCAUUUUGAUUUGAGAGCGAAGUGUUUCAAGGAGGACGAGUUCACCAAAUGGUUCGGCCUCUACACCGGGAAUUCAGUAACCACUAUUGUGGAGACAAAGUGACUCCCCGACCUCAUGAAGCUGUCCACUACUUUCAGUGAACGCAGCCCUCAAAGGCAGUUUCCCAGUAUAACCUCUUUCGUCGGAGAGACAAACGCUGGAAAAUCUACGAUUGUACUAUCAUUGAUGUACUUAUCGAAAAGACAAGAUACCAUAGUAAACCUCGAAGCCCCGGUACCAGCGGCUAGCACAGGUGACUCGAUCACUCAAUCUACUACCGGAGAAGUCAAUCUAUACCUCGACCCAGAGACAUUCGGCACCGAAAGCCCAGCUCUCUAUGCAGACUGCGACGGAAUGGUCGGUACCGAACCGAUCGCAGCACAGCAACAGAAAGAGUGGGUUGAGCACGGCAAACACUACCUGGUGAAGACAAGGGACGGCAGAGUGAUGGACAGAAGAACCGCAGUGAACGAAGUUUAUCCCCGAUUUCUCUACAUCUUUAGUGAUGUAGUGUGCUUCGUUAUGAGGAACCACAAGGCCUGGGCUGACUCCGCACUUAAGCUCCUCGACUGGUCCAUGAUCGGGGCUCAGAGUGCGAUAAAUCAACAAGCAUUGCCUGCUCUUGUCAUUGUGCUCAACGGGCCGUCUAUCGAAGACGAGAGUUGGAUAUCAGACAGCCAGGACUGUGUGACUAACAGCUUCUUCUCUGCUGUUGACAAGGAGAUCACUAGGAAUGCCACCAUCCAGGAACAUGCGUCUCGUGUAGGUACAACAGCUUUUCGAGAAGAGCUUUUCGAGAAGAGCUUUUCGAGUGUUUACGUUCACUCCAUACCUCUCCAAGGUUACAAGACUUUGGGUACAACAGACAUCAUGGAACGGCAAUACUCGAAGCUUUCAAAAAGACUUCAACUUGACUCAGCUCGUGUUCAGCACUUGAGGCAGAAGGCAUGGAAUCGUUUCGAUGUCAGGGAACUAAGCCUUGUGAGUCGCUUUGCCUUUGAACAUUUGGCAUCGGGUAACCGUGAGCCAUUCGAUUUUGAUAAAUGCCGGAAAGAACUGUCCAUUCCCACCAGCCUUGAAGAUCACUUUGCGAGCUUUUUCAGGCAUUGUCUUAAGAACAACAUGGGACAGCGACUGGAGGCUACUGCUGCAGUUUUGUCUUCAAGCAUCUUGCUGAGCAGUUAUCGAACUCAGGGACGUAGUAAG